AUGGCCGAGCUGCUUUUCGAUAACUGGGUCACCACACAGGGCGCGGCCACUGUGCUUGAAAAGUACCCCACAAAGUCAGCGAAAACCGGCCUUUUCUACCUCGCACUUGUACCUUUAUUACUGCUUUUUGUGCGGUACCAAAGGCAGCCCCCUCACAUCAUUAUCUUCUUGGCGGACGAGCUGGGAUGGGACGACGUAAGCUUUCACGGGUCCUCUCAGAUCCCAACGCCAAACAUUGACGCACUCGCGGCAGAUGGUGUCGUACUGAACAACUACUACGUCCAGCCAUUCUGCACUCCUUCAAGGGCUGCCCUCAUGACUGGACUUUACCCUAUACGUACAGGCAUGCAAGGCCGUCCUAUUGGUAUAGCUGAGCCUUGGGGAUUGCCCUUGAACGUGCGGAUCAUGCCCCAGUACUUCAAGGAACUUGGUUACGAGACCCAUUUGAUCGGAAAGUGGCACUUGGGUUACUACACGAGAGACCAUACACCAACAUCUCGUGGUUUCGACCGCUUCUACGGCUUCCACAAUGGAGAAGAGGACUACUUCACGCACAACGUUACGUGCCAAAACCAAACCGGUCUCGACUUUUGGCUCAACACGGAUCCAUUGUGGACGAGUAACGGAACUUACUCUACAACCCUGUUCACACAGCGAGCCAAGGACGUUAUUCGGAACAGAAAAAAAGGCAAGUCGCUCUUUCUUGUCCUGAGCUACCAGGCAGUGCACGGUUCAGGGAGCAGCACACCAUUGCAGGCUCCACCGGAGAACAUCGAAAAGUUUCCGUACAUAGGUGAAACAAGCAGAACAAUCUUUGCAGGCAUGGUGGACGCAAUGGACCUAUCUGUUGGCGAAGUUUUCCAAGCACUGAGCGAGGCCGGAGUGCUGGACAACACAGUCAUCGUUUUCAGCAGCGACAAUGGCGGAGCUCCUUUUGGCAUGCAUUCCAGCCGCAGCUUCAACUGGCCCCUGCGCGGUACGAAGGGCACGCUGUGGGAGGGAGGCACUCGGGCGGCUGCAUUUCUCUGGAGUUCGCUGCUUGCCCGGAGACAAAGAGUGUCAAAUCUACUAAUGCAUAUUACGGACUGGUUGCCCACCUUGUAUUCCGUUGCCGGUGGCAACGUAGCGAAGCUUCCUCAGCUGGACGGACAAAACAUGUGGCAGCACCUCUCGAAUGCGUGGCGUUCACCACGAGCCGAGGUGCUUUACAACAUCGACCCUUCGCUCUCGGCUGGAGCAAUUCGCGACUCGAGGUACAAGUUAGUGGUGGACAGCACCGGCUUGUUCAACCAGUGCUACUUGACGGCGGGAGGCAGCCGUCCACGACGUGACCUGGACGACCUGCUCUUCACGUCCAACGUCGUGAAGACGCUCAGAUGUAUGUACGGAACGGACGGCGGUUUCAGGAUUCCUAAAGGGUGGAGGCGACGAGCGACGCUGAACUGUAGGGAACCGUACGAGAGAAACUUUUCGUCGAGCGAUUCUGUCUACCUCUUUGACAUCGUCAAGGAUCCGUGCGAGCUGAAUAACUUAGCCAGAGUCCAUCCCAAUAUUGUGGCGAAACUACAGCAGCGCCUCAAUGCCUACCAAGCUGUCGCCGUGCCGGCACUACACAAGCCAAAAGACCCGGCUGCUCUUCCGGACAGGCACAAUGGAACGUGGGCGCCAUGGGUACUGUGAACCCAGAAGUUCUUCAUCACCUCAUGCUUCGAAACGGUUCCCAUUCCUAGGGUGUCAAGGACGGGACAGAAACUACGAAUUUUCAACCACUUCCGGUGACAGCUGCCAGCCUGCUCCUUGCUUUC